GGGCGCGGGCGGAGGCGAGAAGGAGGGGCGCGCGCGGCGCCCAACCCGCAGAAGCCCGGAGCCGCGCCGGAGGACGGAGCCCCAGCCGCGAACCGCGCCGCUUGGAUCUGAUUUUUAUCCACUGUAGCCAGUGCUGUUCACCUAGGACUUCCUGGAUCCCAGGGUUCCAGUGUUUACAAGAAGGAGACUGCGACUUUGGAUUCCCUGGUGGAGGACGACAAGACUGGUUUUGCCCCGACGAUGCAAGUGUGAUUGCUGGCAUCUUCAUGAGCGCCAGAGGCCACAGCACGCUGCCACGGACUCUCAUGGCUCCUCGGAUGAUUUCCGAGGGAGACACAGGAGGCAUUGCUCAAAUUACCUCCUCUCUUUUCCUGGGCAGAGGCAGUGUGGCCUCCAACCGGCACCUCCUCCAAGCCCGUGGCAUCACCUGCAUCGUUAAUGCUACUAUUGAGAUCCCCAAUUUCAACUGGCCCCAAUUUGAAUAUGUUAAAGUGCCUCUGGCUGACAUCCCUCAUGCCCCCAUUAGACUGUACUUUGACACGGUGGCUGACAAGAUCCACAGUGUGAGCAGGAAGCAUGGGGCUACGUUGGUGCACUGUGCUGCAGGGGUGAGCCGCUCGGCCACUCUCUGCAUUGCUUACCUGAUGAAAUUUCACAACGUGUGCCUACUGGAGGCGUAUAACUGGGUGAAAGCCCGGAGGCCUGUCAUCAGGCCCAAUGUGGGCUUCUGGAGGCAGCUGAUAGACUACGAGUGCCAGCUCUUUGGGAAGUCAACAGUUAAGAUGGUACAGACACCUUAUGGCAUAGUUCCAGACGUUUAUGAGAAAGAGUCCCGACACCUGAUGCCUUACUGGGGGAUUUAAUGCCACUAAAACCUGCAUCAGCAGCCCCUGAGCAGUACCAGCAUCUGCCACACACCGUCUGCUCCCCUCUUCAUCUUUCUUUUCAAGUGGUUGACUCUUGGUUCUCCCUCAAGUGAUUUUACACUGGGUGUUCAAAUUUAUUUUAAGAGACAGGGAGGGGACAUAAGGGGAACACAUACAUUGCUAGUAACAUUUUAAAAACUAGCAUUUUGAAAAAAUCUCUAACUGGCUUUUAAUCAUUUUUAACAAUCUGAGCAGUUUAAUAAACUGCUCUAUUCUGACUCCCAUGCCUUUUGGCACCAUGGCAGGUACAGGAGGAACUGAGUGCAAACAUCACUCUGCGCUCUCAUUAACCUUUAGAGACAAGCUUUGCCCAAGGCUGCAACCCAAACAGACACCUAUGGAAAACUGAUACGAGCUCAGUCUCUACUGGAUUAGCCCUACUCUUUCCUUUUCUCUCUAUAGUUUAGUGACUCUGUAAGUUAAAUAAACCUUUAUUAUUUAGUUAAGUAACUAUAAAGAAAUCUGCUGCAAAGACUCUUGAAAUCAAUGUGCCCCAGGAUUACAUUAGCAUUAUUUUUAAUAAAUAUAUCUGCUUAACAUA